AUGGAGUUUGACGCUGUGCCAGUGCGAAGCAACUGGCUGGACCAGUUUAUCCUCGAGGCGCUCCACUACCCCGACGCCGCUGUUCGUGGCAGCCAUUACCGAGGAGAUACCUGGGAUGCAUUUCUGAGAAGCUUGCCAGUGGAUCUGCUCUAUCACGUGAACGGCAAUGCCAUCUACAACCUUCAACAUCCGUGGCUGCAGUACAUGCUGCAAGUGUUAGAUGAAGAUGCGCAGCAGGAAGCGGGCCAAAGCGUUGCCUUCGACGUGCGCAUGGCCAAUCUCAGCUAUGACGAGUUCGGCUCUGCGCCGGAGUCUCCUUACCAGGGCGACUCCCUCUUGGUUGGCAACUACGCGCAGACGCUUCUGAACACAAGCUUCGAGAGCGUGGAGUUCAUUCGCCACGGCUCCAUGCAGAAUCUGUUCCAGGACAUCGACGACCAAGAGGUCACGCUGGGAGUCAUGGCCCAGCACCGAGACUUCAGCUUCUUCGAGGAGUCUCUCAGGUUCUCACAUCCUUUCCGACAGGUUCUCAUCAUGGGCAAAUGGAUCACCAACGAGUCAAACUACACCAUCGACUCUGCUCGAGGCCCGACGCACGUCCAGACGAAGAGGGCCACGGGUAGCGCCGCCACCCUGCUGUGCAAGAUUGCGGCUCAUGUCACAACCAGGUAUCUGGUACUCACGGACACCCACAACAUCCUCUCAAGCCCGACGUCCAUCCUGGUCGAUGGCCAAGGCUUUCCGGUGCUUCCCUACGUGCCUGCCGCCUCAUGGUCUUGCCAGCAGUUUGCGUCCUGCGCCUCAGAGCUGGAUGAAGCAGAGGCGUUCUUCGGCGUGCAGCUCGAGUAUCAUCACGACACCUAUGAAACGGUGUACUACACAGACCUCUACCAGCAGCACUGCGCUGACCGGGGGACCAUCCUUCGUGGGCUACCCAAGUACAGCCAGUGCGGCUAUGUGCACGGACCCACUGCCGACGGCUACAUCGCCUGGAUGCUGUCGAAGGAUGCGAAUUUCAGCUAUGUGCCUAGGGACAAGCGGCAAGUGGGCUUCAGGUCUUGGGGCGUUGGCGUCACCGCCCACCCGGUCGACACACGAGAAUGCUCAGUGUACCGGGAGGCAGACUUCUUGCUGGCGCAGGGCAACCUCUCCACCUGCAGCUCCCUCGUGGAGGAUCCCAGUGCAUGUCGCGCAGCGAACUGUACCUGGCGGCCCAUCUUCGGCAGUGGCAAGUGCAUCGAAACGCCGGAGGUUACCUUCACACUCCAGAUGCCGGUGGCAGUAACGACGACGACGACCACACAGACGGCCACGUUGACAUCGAUUUCCUCCACGACCUCGAGGUCUACGAGUUCGUCCACCACGAGCUCCCUCUCCACGAGCUCAUCCAUCACGUCCACGACCUCCGGGUCCACGAGCUCCACGGUGACCGCAAGCUCCACGGCGACCGAGACCUCCACGACCACCGGCUCCAGCAGCACCACCACGGAGACCAGCACCACGCAGACCACCACCACCCUCACCUUCACAGUGCUCCCGGGUCAGUGCCCGUUGCCCAUAGCCGAGCCCACCGUGGACGUUCUGGACUGCCUGUCCAAGACUCCCGGGGAAACCUGUGAGGCGGUCUGCGCGCCGGGUUAUGAGGGAGCGCCGGCCACAAUGACGUGCGGCCAGUCUGAGGUGUUCGAGGGAACCCUCCCAACAUGCAGUACGACCACCUGGACCCAAACCUUUACCACGACCAGGACUCAGCUGGUGCAGUGUGCUGGCGGGCUCCCCAUGGGACGAGGGAUUGUCAGCAGCGACUGCCUUGGCAAGUCCAACGGCCAGACCUGCCAGGUCGUCUGCGACGCCGCGCAGGGCUUUCAAGGAGGGCCAGUGGAGUACGUGUGCAACCCGUCCACUGGCGUUUUUGACGGGCCCGGCCUCGAAUGCUUCCUCCCCACCUGUUCGAUGGAUGGCCUGCCGUCUGCCUUGGACACUACCGACUGCGCGAACACGGAGCUGGGCAAGCUGUGCUUUGUUCGCUGUCCCGUGGGCUACACCGCCGCGCAGUCCGUGUACACGUGCGAGGUGACUGGCAGCUUUUCCGGCACUGCGCCGAUCUGCCAACGGCUGGUCUGCAACGUAGAUGUGCUCCCGCAAGGCAUGGGUUACGACAUCACGGCCUGCGCGGGGACGCAGUCAGGCGAAUCUUGCCAGGUUUCCUGCAAGCAUGGUUACGCUGGCGACAACGCCACGUAUUCCUGUGGCCUGGAUGGCGCGUUCUCGCCGGGCACCGCCCUGUGCGAGCGGAAGGCAUGCCCCAUGCCCGCCUCGAUGGUGGGAGAUCCGUCCUUCUUCACGGACUGCUUCGGCGCGAUGCACGGCGACGUUUGCAUGGCCAAAUGCAACGUCGGCUACACAGGAGCUCCGGUGCAGAAGCGCUGCGACAACGGCGCGUUCGUCGGCCCUGAGGCCAACUGCACCGCGCUCACCUGCAGCCUGGAAGGCCUUUCGAUGGGCAUCGGAAUCGCCACUGACAACUGUGUGGGUGUAACCACAGGCAACUCCUGCCAGUUGGGUUGCGUGCGCGGCUUCGAGGGCGUGGGCAACGCGUCCAUGCUGUGCAACAUCGAUGGCAGCUUCAGCGCUCUCCCCUUCGAGUGUCAGCCAAUUCAAUGUCAGGAACUCAACAAGAUCGCCCCCUUCAGCGACCCGAAGUACGAUGACUCCUGCGUGAACCACUUCUUUGGUGACAUUUGCACGGCCUUCUGCGAGUCGGGCUGGGACAUCUCGGGUGAUGCGAUGGUCAUGGUCUGUGACGACACCAGCAACACCAGCGCAGGAUACGCCGAGUUUACCAACCGAACCCCCGCCGAGAAUUCGCGAGGGCCUGUGUGCAUCGGCAAGACCUGCACGAUUGGACUUCCCAGUCAGCGUGGCCUUCAGCAUGAUUGCCUUGGCAAGACCACGCUGGAGACCUGUACCCUCACAGCAGACUUUGGCUUUGCGAUGCCCCCAGCGACCUUGAUUUGCACGCCGGAGGGGUCCUUUGCCGGCGUGGUGCCUGCUGUAUCUGAGGCUACUUGCCCGACACCCGACUUCGGCAACGGCACCGGGAGUACUUGUGCCAGCAGAGCCAUCGGGGAGGAAUGCUACGCCUACUGCCUGACCGGCUACGCGGGCAGUCCCCGGCUUUACCAGUGUGUUGCGAACGCCACCACUGGCAUCAUCGAGAUCGAGCCCGCUGCGGGCAGCAUCUCCUGUCUUCCGGAGACUGCCCGCCGCCUGGCACCCUCGCAAGCUCGGAGCUUGGCGUCCGCCUGUGACGGCACCUCCAUGACGUCUUUCGGCUUGCAUGCGGCGGAGUUCGUGCACAGCUGCCACACCGUUGCGCAUGACGACGUGUGCAUCAGCCACUGCGGCCGCGGAUAUGGGAUGACCGGCGAUCCUACGGUCUUGGUCUGCGACAAUGGAGUCCUCACCGGCGGGGCGCUUCCGACCUGCACUCCGCUACCGUGCAUCUACAACCUGCCAAGUGCGGUGGGAGUUGAGCACGACUGCCUCAACGUCACGACUGGUAGUAACUGCACGGCAGGGUGCACCGCGCAGGGUUUCGAGUACCGCUCUGGGGGGGCAGAGCAGUUCGUGUGCGAAGCUGCCGGAGACUUCAACGGAACGAUCCCCUCCUGCCAGAGGGUCUCAUGCAUGGAUCUGGUGCUGGAAAGCCGCUUCUCACACAACUGCAACAAUAUGAUCUUCCAGGAUACCUGUGGCGUGAGCUGCGCAAAGGGAUGGACCUUGGUGGGAUGGGGAUCACAGUAUGAGUGUGGGGCCGACCGAAACAUCUCCGGCGUCCUCCCGGACUGUGUUGGAAACCCUUGUGCAAACACCAUCCCCAACGACCAGGCCUUCUCUGGCGAGGCCUGCAAUGGCUUGACGACGGGUCUGACUUGUGAGGUGACGUGCAAGCCCGGCUCCACUCCGAACUCGGCGACGAUGACCUGCGACGCCAGCGGGGCACUGACCGGAACUCUGCCGCUUUGCAAGCCGGCCCUCUGCCCAGCGAGCACCGCUUUGGCGGAGCCCUCCUUGGCGCACAACUGCGAGGAUGUUCCGUUUGGCCGCAGUUGCAGCGUCUUCUGCGCUGAGGGGUAUCAGCUGAAUGGGACUGACGCCGGAGAGGUCUGGGACUGCGUCCUCGAUGGAUCCGGUGGGCUUGUGCUGACCGGAUCCGUCCCGCCCUGCGAGCCCAUCAUCUGCCCCAGUUUGAAUCCCAGCGAAGUUUUGGUUGACAACUGCAGCAACAUCCCGGCCGGAACGGCCUGCGAACAGCGCUGCAUAGAGGGCUACGUGCCCGUGAACGCAUCCGUAGCGGUCUAUUCCUGUGACAUGGACGGGCAGAUCGCGAACAACGGCGACAGCGUGGCAUGCGUGCGAGUCGCUUGCAACUCCAGCAUCAACCUGCCGAAUGUGUUGCACACCUGUGAUGAUGUCCAGGCCAACAGCUCCUGCUACGCAUACUGCCGAGAUGGCUACGAGAUGCAGCAGAACGAGGUGCCCAUGUGGACUUGUGCCACUGCCGGCAGUGGACUGCCCGUCGUCAGCAACGUGCCUCCCAUCGAUGGCUACUCCCUUCGUGGGGCCUUGCCGGUCUGCGUGGCACUGCCCUGCCUCUACAACCUCCCCUUCGGCCUGGAGUAUACCCACGACUGCGAUGGCGCGCUGACGGACACAGCUUGCACAGUCGCCUGUGCCGCAGGCUUUGAGGGCCCGUCAAACGUCUGGACCUGCCAACCGGAUGGAUUGCUGAACGGCACUUAUCCUUUGUGCCUGGAGAUUACCACAACAGAGACCUCCGUCACCUUCACGACGACCUUCACAGCGACGACGUUCACAACUUCUUCCACGACGUUCUGGAAUGGAACUGUCCUACUGAGCGGGUACAUCUACCUUGCACCGACUGCCAUUGCCGAUGUUUCACCCAUGGAUCUGAUGGAUGGCUUCGUGAACGACUCGCAGGUUUCCGAAGGUCUGACCAAUGCGCUCGCGUCGCUCCUCAACGUCAGCGCCGUGUCGGCGGAGGUGGUGAUCACCUUCAACGAGAGCUUCAACAGCCAGGCGGCCCGUGUUGCCUACACCGCUGACCGCGCCUUUUACACCCAGCAGGAAGCUGAGAACUUCACCCAAUCAAUCCUUGAGUCCGUCAACGCCAGUGCGACGGAGGAGGUCAAAGAGCUCAUCAACGACCACCUGGGCUUG